CCGGGCGAUGCCGAAACCGCCGCUGCUGCUGCGGGGGAGCCGCCCCGGGGACAGCGAGCUGGGGCGGCAGUUCCGGGACUGGUGCCUGCGCACCUAUGGGGACUCGGCCAAAACCAAGACGGUGACCCGGAGCAAGUACCAGCGCAUCGCCGAGGUGCUGCAGGGGGGAUCCGGCUCCGGCAGCGGCUCCGGCGGGGGGGAGAAAGGCAAGUUCCAGUUCUGGGUCCGGUCCAAGGGCUUCCGCCUGGGAAACGGCACCAGGGAGGCGACGAAGAUGGGUCAAGUGGUGGUUUAUGUGCCGGUGAAAACGGGAACGGGGGCAGAUGGACUGUCGGAGCCCGAGGGCAUCUCUCUGAAACGCGUGGCUGUGGUGGAAGAUUUCUUUGACAUCAUUUACUCCAUGCAUGUGGAGAGUUCGACGGAGCCGGGCAAAGCACCCAAACAUGCUGGGCAGAAGAAAACCUACCGAGCGAUCGCAGAGACCUAUGCUUUUCUCCCAAGAGAAGCUGUGACCAGGUUCCUGAUGAGCUGCACAGAGUGCCAGAAGAGGAUGCAUUUCAACUCCAACGGACUGGAGCCCAAAGAGAGCGAACCACCUUCCUCUCUGGUUUCUGGGAUCAUCGACUACAACAUGCCUCUCACCUCUACUUACCUGAAGCAAAUGAAGCUGCGGGUGAUGAAUUCACAGGAGCAGGAUGAGACAUCGGUGAGCAGCGAGGACUUUGAUAUGAAUGACUCCACAUGGAUCUCAGCUGACCAGCACCUGAACUCCAGCCUGAGCCCCAGCCAGGACGAGAGCAUGCGCAGCCCGCAGAACCUUCACGGCCAGGAGGAUGAUGACUCCUCGUCAGAGAGCUGCAGCGGGAAUGGCUCCUCCACCCUGAACCCCUCCACCUCCAGCAGCACGCAGGGCGACAGCGCCUUCCCCGAAAUGAAUGGAAAUGGCACCGCAGCCCCCAUGGACUUCACUGCCUCCACCGACGACCAGCCCAUCAACCUCUGCGACAAGCUCACACCUGCCCACGUCACCCCUUCCUACCAGUCGGACAGCUGCAGCACCGACGGGCUGCGCAGCAGGGUGAAGUACGCGGUGAAGACCACAGCAGAGUCCCCACCAUACAGCUCCGGCAGCUAUGACUCCAUCAAGACUGAGGUCAGUGGCUGCCCCGAGGACCUGACAGUUGGCAGAGCCCCCACGGCUGACGAGGAUGACGAUGACCAUGAUGACCACGAGGACAACGAUAAGAUAAAUGACUCGGAAGGGAUGGACCCGGAGCGGCUAAAGGCCUUCAAUAUGUUUGUGCGCCUUUUCGUGGACGAGAACCUGGAUCGGAUGGUUCCCAUCUCCAAGCAGCCCAAAGAGAAGAUCCAGGCCAUCAUCGAGUCCUGCAGCCGGCAGUUCCCCGAGUUCCAGGAGCGAGCUCGCAAACGCAUCCGCACGUACCUCAAGUCCUGCCGCCGCAUGAAAAAGAACGGCAUGGAGAUGACCAGGCCCACGCCGCCGCACCUCACCUCGGCCAUGGCUGAGAACAUCCUGGCUGCUGCCUGCGAGAGCGAGACGCGGAAAGCAGCCAAGAGGAUGCGGCUGGAGAUCUACCAGACCUCGCAGGACGAACCGAUCGCCCUGGACAAGCAGCACUCCAGAGACUCCACAGCCAUCACCCACUCCUCCUAUUCACUGCCAGCUUCGUCCUACUCUCAAGACCCCGUCUACAUCAAUGGAAGCCUCAACUACAGCUACCGUGGCUAUGGGUCCCUGGGAGGCAGCCUGCAGCCACCUGCGCCGCUCCAGACCGGGAACCACAGUAAUGGUCCGACUGACCUCAGCAUGAAGGGGGGGGCCUCCAGCACGGCCCAGUCCAACAGCACCAGCAGGGGGAUGCAGGCUGCCCAGCUCAGCCCCACAGAGAUCAGCGCCGUGCGGCAGCUCAUCGCCGGCUACCGGGAGUCCGCAGCGUUUCUGCUCCGCUCUGCAGAUGAACUGGAAAACCUCAUUUUACAGCAGAACUGACUCCUCGUGGCUGCGGCGCUCCUCUGUCAGGAAGACAAUUUACACCUGCUAGCAAUUGGCUCCCAGCGGUGUCCCGCUCAGGACCACCACCGUCCUCCCGUGAAGCGGCAGCUCCGCGUAGUUGUAGAAGGUGGAACCCAACAGAGCUGUUUUCUUUUACACUCCGAGCACCUGGGACUUCAGGCACGAGGCCACGUUCCUGACCCGUACCAGAAGCCAAACGUGCGGCUUGGAAGGAUGCGGGACCUCGAGGGCAGAAGGGAGCCUGGGGAGGUUUGGGGCUGCAGAUGUAUUUAGGAUGACCUUGAUGGACCCAAAUGUUAGAAUCCCGUCCCCAGAUAAUUUCCAAGUCUUAGGUGAGCCGAAUCACAUAUUUAUUGAGAAAUGGACCCUCUUCUCCCCUUAGUAAUUUAUUUUUCUGAAAAUGGAUUCUUUUGAGUUUGUACAGAUUGCCAGUUUUGUGUCUGUCUGAUCAGAAGGAAUUUGUUCCUGUGAGAUAACACAUUCCAUAUCACAACACUACUAAUUCCCAGGCAGCUCUGCCUGUUUCUCUGGGCAGCCCCCAUCCCGCAGGGCGUGCGUUUGCUACCACCCGGCCCCAUCCGCAGCAGCAGCGGGGCUCCACGUCCUGCAGAGACUCGGACGCCCAGCAGACCUCAUGCUAAAAGGAUGUCUCGCACUUGCUAAGUCAUUGCAGAUAAGAAGGAAGGAAACACCCGAGAAACACUGUCUUGCGUUCACCAUCCGCAUUCUACCUCACACUCCAUUGUGGGCUUUUUCCAGGACCCCCCCCCCCCCCAGCUCUGUGACUGUCAGUGCAGUGGAUGUGGAUGGUGCCCAGCAGCGCAGUGCCCAGUGCUGCCCGACGGCUCAGCGGAGCGGCCCUGGGGCAGCAGCGCAGCACCGUCGCAUCACGUGUGCAGUGCAUUGGGCAGCAGCCCCCACUCUGCCCUCCCCCCUUCCCCACCCGCAGUCCUGGAACAAGCCCACAAUUCCCAAAGUGUGGAAUUGAUGCAGUCCGGUCACCGCUCCGCCCCCUCCCCAACGAUGCACUUCGUUUGCUCAGUGCAAUACCUACAACCAGUGCUGCUAAACCAGGGACGCGCUCGGCGCCGCGGUGCCACUCCUCCCCAGUGCUGGCGCGGCCCUCCUCGAGGGCAGGAAUUGUCACACCAGACCCAUUCCAUAGCACAGAACCACAUCUCGUGUGCGUUAAGCAGAGAUAGGCGCUCUCUUUGGAGCCGGCUGUUUCAUUUUGCCCUAUUUUUGGCCACUUUGAGCCUGAGGACGAAGGCUGCUGCCCUCGCCCAUGCUGCAGGAGCCCCCAGCACCGCAGGUUGUGCUGAAGGCUGGUUCCCCGCCAGCAGAGCCGGGCAGCACGGUGCAGCCUUCUGAACCAACCGAACGCCCAAACACUGGAAGAAAAACAACCCCCAGCCUUUAGUUUCAGUGCAGGAAAAGCCACCAACGCGAGGACAGGCUUUUGCCUGGCCCAGCACAGAAGGGACGAACCCUUGCGUUGACUGCUCUGUUCCCCAAACCUGACAGUUCCGGUAACGUUUGGAGGAAGGGGAUUCGGUCCCUGGGUGCAGAUGGAGCCCACGCAGCUCUGUGCCAUCAGGGUGGCUCCGGGGCAGAGUGGGACCCAUCCCCAUCCCCGGCUCACGCUCCCCCCGCGCACCGCCAGCCCGCUCCGUUCGCAUCCCUCCCAUCCUUGGAAUUUAUGUAAAUAUUUAUUUUUGUGUGAAUACCACGAAGUAACAAAACCUUUUACGAAAUAUGUAACCCACGGCCAUUUGUGCAAGUCUUAUUGUUAAAGGAGGAGAGGCAGAGACAAUCGCUGUCCCAGAAUUUCUCUCUUUCCGACGUGCUCCCGCGUUGCUGCCCCUGCUGUGCCGCAGAGCACGCAGCCGCCGCGUCCCGCCGUGCUGCACGAGGGUGCCCAGGGCCUCACCAACACACCCGCAUCCAUUCCUUUGGCUUUGAUUUACGCAGAGCUGUAGCUGUUUCGAGCAGACCGCCCUCGACUUUGUCUUAGCGUGGAUUGAAGUUUCGUAGCUCUUUUCUAAGCUGCUGCAGAACGCGGCGGAGGCCCCACGCUUGCGUAGGAAGGACACUGAGCAGCCCCCCCCCCCCCUGCCCUAAGGAUGCUGUAACUCAGGGCUGCACGGUACAGACGCACAGCCCCGCUGACAGCCGCAUCCCAGACAAGCGAUGAAACAAACGGGAUUGACUACAGAUUUCUGUCAGGGAUUUAUGGUGGGUUUUUUUUUUUUUGGUGGGUUUUUUUUUGUUUGUUUUUCUUAUGUCUUUUUUCCCUUUAGUCCCUUCGGCACAAGCUCUGUGCAGGUCCCACUGCCCUGUGCUGGCGCUGGGCCGCGUGCUGUGUUUAUUUAACACAAACUCAUCGCUGAUGGAGUAAAGAGAUCCCUGUCGUCUCUCCCUUUUGGGUCACUCCCAGCUGCCCGCAGGGGCCGUUCCCGUGCAGGGUCUCUCCAUGGGAGCACUCCGGGUUGGUGGCACUCAGACCUCCCGACCCGCGGUCGGAUCAGUACCAGUCCACGUCAAAUGCUGCUUUGAACUCAGAGGGUUGAUAUACUUUUGAUUUGUAAUUUUUUGUAAGACUUUUUACAAGGUAGCAUAGUACUUCACCGGGAUACCAACUACAAUCCGUCCAUGGUCUGAUUUUUUAUAUAAUUUAGUGGUGCUUUAGGAACUUUCGUUCGGUUGUUUCGGAGCUGUCCGGCUCAGUUUUUUCGCCUGUAUCUACCUAAGACCAAUGUGAACCUUUGUAUUUUUGCUCCUAAUUUUGGACUCAGUGAAAGUGUACUGUUUACAUGUACAGAACUCCCGGCCCCUGUGUGUUCCGCGCGACCGCCGUUGGGGAGGAACCGGCCCGCGCCCGCUCGUCUGCUUGACCAAGCCACAGUCACACCUCACCCACACCUCCCUGCCCCAAACACCCCCACCAGCUGCUGGAGGCUUUGCCAGCGGCCGACGCAAAGAUUGGCUGUGAUUUGAAAUGGGAAUCGAUGUGAAGCUGCAGCCGAGCAGAGCUCCAAGCUCAAGAAGGGCAGCGCUGACGCUUCGCCAUUCCCUCCGGGCCCGGGCGUGAAGCUGCCCCCCAAAAACACGAGGAGAGCCAGAAUCACAUCCAGAACGGGAGAACAGCAGUGGGCAGAGCUGGAGCUCAGCGCCCAGGAUGUGGGAUGGGGUGGGAUGGCAGCGCUGCCCAGGGCUGGGGGAUGGCAGCGCCUUCAGAGGGGCAGUGAGAACGCAUUCGGCACUUCAUCCAGCUCCUAAGGUGACACUUUAUUGCUUAAUGGGUUCAUUUCAAAAUGAUAUUUUUGCAGAUAGGCACCUAUGCAACUUCGUGUGGCUCUUAAGCAGAUGAGCACUUCCUCCUCAAUGAGCUCGAUAAGAGUUAUUUGUGUUAUAUACUGUGGAUUUUUCCAGUAAAUGUGGCUUAAUAUUUUAAUUCUUAGAACGUGUGUCUAUUAUAUAUGUGAUGCAACUUAAUUCUGUUCUGUUUGUGGAAUGAUUAGCACAGGCCCACUCCCUGUUCCCCUCACUUAACGAAGACCAAUGAGCUGUUAAUCGAGCUGUUAUCUCCAUGGUAUUACUGCUAAAUGCACUGAUUUCAUACGUAUGUGGAAUCCUUUUUAUUUUUUUUUUUUCCUUUGGAAUCUGUAUAUCAUAUAUAAGACUGAAUUUGCUCAAUAAACACUGUAU